UCCAGACAGCACGUACAUCUGGCAAUAGUACGAGUUUUCUCAAAUGACGGGUAAUGCCGGAAAUUGCCGAGUAACUCCGACAAGCUUCUUGUGAGGAGAAUCUUUUUCUCUCGCGAUCGACUUGUGUAUUUUCCCCACGGAACAGUUAGUUAUUCCGGGACGGAUCUGAAACCACUGUAUGCCUCGAUAAAUGAAUUCUCGGGAAUAUUUAUUGUAUCUACGAUCAUCAUACUGAAUUGGUAUAAUGAUCUGACAACUUGUUAGUUUGUAAGUCGGAUUUUUUCAAGCUAACUGGAUUAGUUAUGGACUUAAUUACAGGCUUAAGUGGCCCUGUACCUUGACAGUUCCUGCGGAGCUGGUGUGGAAUGGAACACCACAAACAAGCGGUCUCAAGCCUGAACAAGAGCAACCAUGCCGUACCGCAUAUUAAAAUCUCUGGAGCCAAAACUGAUCCGAAAUCCAGGAAAAUCAGCGGCGCUGACAAACCAGUCGUUCCAAAUAAGACAGUUAAAGAUUCACUGGUCGUUAGUUAUCCUGUCCGUGAAAGAAGCCGGGAUAAAGGUUUGAAAAAGCCGCCGCAGGCAGUGGAUAUUAAAAAUGAAAACAGUCAAAGGAACGAUGCACUUCAGACAAAACCAGAAACAAAGCCUAAAAUUAGUAACACUAAUGGAACAAGUGCGAUGGUUGGUGAUAAACAAGAGAUCAAUCAAAAGGCUGGAAAAUAUCCGAUGCGUCGGGCUGCGUCAGUUGACAUCGGAGGACUGGGAAGGAAAAAGAAAAGCAAGAAGAAAAAGAUUAAGGUAGAUCAGGCGUCGUUGCUUGCUCAGCACGCAGCGUCAAAAGAAACCCUUCCACAAGGCCAUCCCCAACGUAGCGGAAGUCUGGGGACAAGGCCAAACUCGCUCAAUCUCAAAAACACAACAUCCGUUCCAAUUCCAUCCGACAAUGCAGUAUUUCCUACCCCUGUACCCGUCAAGCGACAUUCCAUUUCAGCAGUUUCCUACAAGGAACGAAAAUCUAGCGUCACCGCAAAUUCCAUUUCCCCGGAAGUAUCGCCAAACGAUACAUCAGCCAUCCUGCCACCGAAACCCAAGCAGAAGCAGCCGAAAUGGCGGAAGGCUGACAGCGAUACGGUGGAGUUUUCAGACCCUGAGGACGGCUGGUAUAGCACGUUCCCUACAGGUGAAGGUUACCGGAAACAUGGUCUUAAGUACACGUUUCCUAGCGCUCCUUACAUUAAACUACAAUCGCCUGUGAUACGAAAACGUUGGUUCAGAUACCUCAUUUUCUUGUUAUAUGCAAUCAUGGUCUUCCUGUUAUUUGUUCCUGUUACUGCUAUAAUUCUUGUAUUGUUACCAGUGUGUGCGUUUUUUAAGGCGUUCCUUGUUUGUUGUUGCACGUGUUGUAACGUGCAAAAUCAGGGAUGUUGUAUGUGCGGUCAGCGUCUCUCGGUGACGGAGCGCUUCUGGCUGCAGACUGAACAGCGCUCCCCUCAAGUGGUACAGAGCCUCGUCAUUGUGGAGUUCGGGUUAUCCGUACCCCAGAUAGUCAACCUAGUCAACAACCGCCUUGUGUUAGCUAAGGGCGAGGACGGAAGCCGACUGUACCCGCGAUUUUCCCAAAGAAUCGCGCAGACUUGCUCAGACCUAAUUUGGCAAGAGGACCGCAGUUUUUUCAUCCAUAACCACGUAUCAGCUAUGCCACGGGGGAUCGAAUCUCUGGAGGACCUUCAGGACUACAUAUCGGACCUGGCGUCUCGUCCGUUUGUGUUUGAUCGUCCAUUGUGGGAAGUCCAGGUGCUCACAGACUUCGGGGACCUACGUGACACGGUCAUCCUCUUCCGUAUGCACCCAUGCUUGGAGGACGGCGUGUCCAUGGUGAAGAUUCUCUACAAGUCGAUAGCGGAUGUGGAGCCUGUCACCACAGUUCCGCCUCUCCUCGGCAGGGUCAGCUGUAUGGAUAAUAUAAAAUCUAUAUUUGAAAGUCCUAUCAAACUCUUCAGUAAGAUACUAUUGCCAAAGCAGGAUUUUAACUUGUUACACGGUGAGCAUAUACAUCUCUCAGGUAGAAAGGUGAUCACAUGGUCAGACCCAUUUAGUUUGUCUUCCGCAAUUAAAAUCAAACAAGUGUCGCGCAGCACGUUAAACGAAGUGUUCAUGUCCGUGGCAGCUGGCAGUAUUAGAAAUUACUUAAUAUUGAAUGAUAUCCAUCAUCCGUACGACAUUCAAACAAGCAUUCCAGUGUAUUACGGUACUAAUAAACACGACUCUGGCGUCGGAAACGAUGUUCUGUUCUUGAAGGUGCGUCUGCCCACAAACACAGAAGGGGCCGUGCCUCGUUUAUGGCAGAUGAAGGCGGAAAUGGACCAAGUUCGUGGCUCAUCUAUGUUUGCUAUCACUCGACGGAUAUUUAAAUUAUCUUACCACUUACUAUCAGAAUCAUUGUGGAAUAAAUUAUGGAUUUACAUUCUACGAAAGUGUUCGUGUAUAGUGUCAUCCUUACCCGGACCGGAAGUAUCUCUGCGCAUGUCAUCUAAACAGAUCAAGACCAUAUUUUAUUGGUUCCCUCCAGUGGAGCACGUGGCGCUCGCUAUCUCGUUCUUCACGUAUGGAGACCGGAUACAGAUGGCGGUGUCCGCGGACCGCGCCGUCCUCCCCAACCCAGAGCUCAUCGCUAAGGACUUCGUCUACCAGAUGCAGACUUUGUACGAACAGCUGGGCCACAGGCGGAUCCCCGGGGACCAACCAACCAACCGGAAGUCAGAUCUCACUCUGCUCAAUACCGAGAUCCGACCCGAGGAGACCGCCUCUCAAUUGCAGAAGAAGAUGUCGCUCAUCCACCAGGAGAUCCAGAACGUGCGGCACAAGAUGGAUGCCCGGAAAUACGAGACAUCGGACGAUGACCGCCGCCUCAUGACACGCAUCGAGACACUCAAGGAGCAGUUCCGGGAGUUGCUGGUCGAGAUGCGGAAACGUAAGGCAGCUGAGAGCGAGCUGGCCAUCACCUUCUCCGAGGAGGACAGUACGGAGGAUGAUGAUGACUACGAGAUUCCCCGGCGUCCCUUUCGGCGGCGGGCGAUGUCCGUGUCCUCCCGCCUAUCCACUUCAUCCGUGUCGUCCACCGUCCGUCCGCUCCCAGCCCCGACACCCCUCAUCACGCCGGACUACAGCCCCGACUCACCUCUCAUGUUAGACAAACAGGUGCCUUACACAAGCUACCCGAAUGAGCGGAAGUUCCAUACGAUCCCUUAUUUGAGCCGGCGGCCAUCUGGAAAUGGGCGUCAUAACAUUGAAAAUAUAGAGAUUCUAGAAUACCAGUACUCCCCGUCCAUGGAGCGUCGGCACAAACCCCCCGCCUGAACACGUGUGGUUGUCGUUACUCUCAACGAAGCGGCAAUAUAAGCUUCCAUUCUGCUGUGGGAACAAGAACUCUCUCCACGUCGAGUCAAUAUCAGCCAUCCUGUAAGAGAGGUUAGGGUACAAUUACUCUCUCCACGGGACGCCGACAAAACCACCCGCAUUAACAGUUGUGGGAACAAAAAGUCUCUCCACAGGACGGUGAAAUGAUUCCGCCGCCUUAACAGUUUUGGAUCUAUAUCUACGGAGAGCCAUUAUAAGCAAACUGUCUGAACAGAUAUGGGGACAAUAAUUAACUAUCCACGAAGAGCCCAUAUUUCACCCUAAUGCACAGCCGUUUAAACCAAUACUCUCUACACGGAGCGCCGAUAUAAAUUCAUUCUCCUGAACAUCUGUGAAAACAACGACACUCUCCCAGAAAUGCCGAUAUAAGUCAACCCCUCUCUGAACAGCUGUAGAAACGACAACUUUCUCGAUAGUAUUAGCCACAAGCAUCAACAACUGCAAUAAUGAAAACUCUCUCCUCGGAGUUCCGAUAAAACAUUCUGCUGAACGGCUGUGCGAACCCUAACACUCUCCACGGAGAGCCGAUACAAACCACCCGCCUGAUCAGCUGUGUUUUCCAUUACUCUAUCUACGGAGGGCAAAUAUCAGCCAACCGCCGGAACAAAUUUGGAAACUGCGAACCAAAACUCCCCUCACGAAGCUGGAAUAUAAGACGCACUGCUAACUAGCUAUGGGAACCAAAACUCUCUGAAAGGAGAGCCAAUAUAUGCCAAACACCUGAACAGGUUAGAUGACCAUGACUAAGCCAAUCACCUGAACAGUUGAGGCUACCAUGUUGCCGAUAUAAGCCACCCGAUUGAACAGUUGUGGGAACCAUUACAAUCUCCAAGAAGUGCUGAAUAUGGAGAGUUGUAUCUAUCACUGACCCACAAUUAGCCGCCUAUCGUUGUUAGUACAAUAAAUCUCUGCAUGGAAAAGUCAUGAUGAAGCGCCCGAAUGUAAAUCAUUUUCACUCAAGUAUUGCCAUAGAUUGACGUCCACAUUGUUGGUGCUUUCUGUCCUUUGUCUGGACAAAGCUUGUAAUCAUUAUUUUAACAACGCAGUAAAAUCGCAAUUUUUCAAAUGUCUGAGUAGAAUUAUUAUAUUAUACUGCCAUACACGUACACGUGCCAUCUCAAGUUUUAUCCGAAGGGAAAUGACUUCAUGAAUAUUGAUUGACCCAUGUAGACACUUUACAUUUCAUCGCAGUAAUUAUGCUUUAAAAAAAUCUCGAAAAUAGCAACAUGGUCAGAAAUCACCAUCAGCGAUGCUUAGGCUAACAGAGAUGACUGUUAUACAAAAUGUUAUCCUUCUUUAAUAAAUUGUUGUCAAA